UCAAGAGCGCGAGUCCCGCCGGAGUGCGGGGCGUUUGUUGAUAUCGCGGUGGCGUCUCGCGGCGUGAAUCCCGAUCCUUUCUUAUUUUUGUCGCUAGCCUCCCAGCGACCCGUGGAAAGCAGUGCGGCGUGGGGAAAGCGACCAACUUGCCCGUAGCAGUAAAUUCCCCAUUUUUGUUUGCCUGGAGUUUUGGUUUGUUUUUUCCCCCCUCCCUGGAAUUCCAUUUGGAGUUGAUUUCCGUGAGAUUGCAAAAUACCUUCCCGUUCUCCGUCCGAUAUCCUUGCAUUGUGGAAGGAAGACCGAGAAAGAAACCGCCACCUAUCCCAACGGGUUGAACGAAGGAAUAUGAUGUUAUCUAAGAAAACUUCAAACCAGGACAGCUAAUGGACUAGGGAUUUCUGUUGGAGAAAUCUUUUUCCCUGGAGAUAUAACAAUACCAUUAUUCUAGUGCCUCACUGUUGUUGGAACUUUGGAACUAGAAGACAUGUCCAUUGCACUCAAGCAAGUUUUUAAUAAGGACAAGACAUUCCGUCCCAAACGGAAAUUUGAACCUGGGACCCAGAGGUUUGAGCUUCACAAACGAGCACAAGCCUCACUCAACUCUGGAGUGGACCUGAAGGCAGCUGUGCAGCUGCCCACUGGAGAAGAUCUAAAUGAUUGGGUUGCUGUUCAUGUAGUUGACUUUUUCAACAGGAUCAACCUGAUCUAUGGAACUAUCUGUGAGUUCUGCACAGAGAGAACCUGCCCUGUGAUGUCAGGUGGGCCUAAGUAUGAAUACCGGUGGCAGGAUGAUCUAAAGUACAAGAAACCUACAGCAUUACCAGCACCCCAGUAUAUGAAUCUUUUGAUGGACUGGAUUGAGGUGCAGAUCAACAAUGAGGACAUAUUUCCAACUAGUGUAGGUGUACCAUUCCCAAAAAACUUCCUCCAGAUCUGCAAAAAGAUCCUGUGCAGGCUAUUUCGGGUGUUUGUACACGUUUACAUUCAUCACUUUGAUCGCAUCAUUAUAAUGGGGGCUGAGGCCCAUGUCAAUACCUGUUACAAGCACUUUUAUUAUUUUGUCACAGAGCUCAACCUCAUAGAUCGUAAGGAACUAGAACCUUUGAAAGAGAUGACAGCCCGAAUGUGUCACUGAAGAACCGUGGCUGCAUGGAGAAGGGGAAAAAAAAGCAAUGUCCUGCUAACUGAAGAAGAGUUAGAAGAUAUACCAGCCCUGCGUAGGCAAGAGCUUGCCUACUUAUCCUUAAAAAGCAGGAAAGCCAGGAACAGAAGAUUAUUGCUUUCACACACACUUGGCACCAAUAAGUACGCUCUUAACCUGAACAUGCUGCUAGGUACUCCCUUGGAGUGUUGUGGAUAACUUGUAAAAGAACGAAGAAAGAAAAAAAUGAUUCGUUUUGCAUAGACCUGAAUGAUUGAGAAGGAGUUACUCGGAUUCCAAAUCAAUUCCAACUUCCUGUUCUUACAGCUUUACUACAGUUGUGCUUUCUAAUCGUCAUUUUGAUACUGACCUUAAGUCACUAAAUUGUGAUUGUAUUAUUGUGCAGGCAGUCUCUCUUAGAAGCCUUAGCAGUAGCUUGUUCCUUUUCUUCAAAUAGGGAUAGGAAGUAAGUCACUUGGGCACUUGGCACUUAAAAAUGCUGCUUGUGUGUUUGACCAAGACCUGAGACGACUGUCUUAGAAUAGGCAGGGAAGAAGCUAAUCACCUAGUAGAAUGGACAAAAAGUUUUCCCAUUUAAAACUGGCAUGACUGCUUACCCAAAGAGUGGCUUUUGAAACACCUCCAAAUGUCCAUACACAUCUCAUUGGUCUCCUUUACAGCUGUCUAGAAUGACUGCCAUAAGAGGUUAUCAGCUUGCAUCUUGGCAUCAAGAACAUGGGUGCCCAAGGCCUUGGGAUCACUAAUAAAAAAAAUCCCUUUGACAGCGAGUUCUGCCAUAGCUGGCUCAUACAAAGGAUACAUCUAUUUUUCAUGCACACAUAAUAUAAAAAGUCAUGUUCCAUCCUGAGUAUUUGAAUGAAUACAGAGAUUGCUGGGGAAAAGUGACAAAAAUAUAUUGAUGAGCAGGCCAAAUAAUGUGUAUCCUAAUUUGGAAAAAGAGGUGAGUUGUAUCUCUGUACAAAUGUAUUUGUGUGCACAGAAAGAAGGGAAGACUACUCAGGGAGAAUCAGGAAGAGAAAAACCUCUGUGUGGUGGGAAGGGGUAGAUGUUACAAGGUGUAAAAAAAGUCCCAUUUGUUGACACAAAAAGCACUACUUAGAUUCAUUUGCUAUAGUUACUGAAACUAGAGUGACUUCAGGACUCUCUUCAGAGGGCUAGUUCAAUGUGCAAAUACGUAGAACAAGUAUAACAAUCCAGUAAAAGCCACUAGACUCUGUACUGAUAGUGUAUUUCACAUUGUGAUCUUAUCUAUGCAGCUUUCUGGACUGUCUUAUGUUAACGUUUCCUGGUAAAUACAUUGAAAUACCGCUGUGCCUCUAUUAAUAUGCCUUACUCAAUUGCUUUUCUUUCUAACACUUAUUUCACCUAUCAGGAAAUUGGUGACUUGUGUGAUUGUGGUACUGGCUAUAAAUGUUGUAAAUCCUGAGGCUGGUGUGAAGAACAUGUGCAAUUAAGAUCAUUUUUAAAAUGUAGGAACUGUAGAACACCUUCUUUGAGAUUGUUCAUAAUCAAUGCACUUUGCCUGUGCAAGAGAUCUGUAGUCUGUGAAUUGUACAUACAGAUAAUUGGAAUACACACAUGCACAGAGUUAGUGGUUCUCAUUGCUUCCCACUCAUUUCUAGUUUUCUUUUAAUUUGAAAAACUAAAUUCAAAAUGUUGAAGCAAAGAUGGUGAUUAGGAUGAAGUUGGAAUUAGAAAUACUACUUUUAUUUCUUUUGAUACGUGAUAAAAAUUCCUUCACAGCUUGAUAAAUAGCAAAUUGUCCAAUGAGAUUCUCCAGUGAAAUUAAUAUUGGUGACUUCAGUGAACUGCCAAGGAGUAUUCACAGCUUAAUCAUUAAUGAAUUUUUACUGAUGAAGUUUUAACACACAAUUAGGAAAAUAAGAAUACAGAGAAAGAAAUAGUGUUUACUUGGUACAUUUCUUCAAAUUUAAUCAUAUAAUUUUAGAAUUAAAAGUGUAUCUAGAAUUUACAGUUUGUAUGUCUUCUUUCAGGCCUUGAAAUUUUUGCUGACCUUAUGCAAUCUCUUCUUUCUGAGCUGUUCCAAAAUCGAUAUUAACAUAAUACAACUGUCCUAACAGCCAGGAACCACGCUGAGACAAGGAAUAGGUCUCUAGUGUUUAUUACUGCUACAUUAGACAGAAAAUCCUAACAAACUGAAGAAGCGUGGGAAAAAUCCAGACAGAUAAACCCCAAAAGUUAAGGCGGGUCUGAUCUGUGUCUCUUUGAAUGGCUGCUUAACUCCUCAGUACUAUGCAUGCCUUUCCCCCCCUGGAUAGAGGCCCCCUCCUGCUCAUCAUCAGUACUCAUGACAACAACAUAAGAUAAAAAAAUAAAAUGUAGGUACGUUAUUUGACUAUAUUAGCCAUACAGAAUAAUAUAAUCGAAAGAUAGUGGAGAUUUGUAAGAAUUUAUUUUUGAUACUGAUAUAUUAUUAUUUCCACAGAAUUUAGCACCAACUUUAAUGUGAAUCUGAAUCAGAAUUUCAAAGGGGUUUAUAUCAAAUUACAAAUUCUAACCUUCAGGACUGAUUUUUUUUUUUUUUGGUGAUGUUCCCUAAAUUAAUUUAGGAUACAAGCUGACAUGCCUGAGUCAGAGAUAUUUAAUCUUAAGUGCCACUUGCAUAUUCAGCAGCAAAGAAUAAAUGGACUACUUCUGAAAUAGAUGCUGGUGUUAAUGGGUUCUUUUUUGUUUGUUUUGGUUUCUUCCUUUAUGCCUGCCCAUUUUUUGAUUUAAAACUCUGAAGUCACAAAGAGGUAAGAUAUACCUGCUAUUUGCUGUAAGUUCGCAGGAUCAGCUUCUCUGAGCUGAGUCCAGAAGAAAAAUGUAUGGCAAGUGUGCUCCCACUCUUUUAUCUAUACGUAACCUUUUUAAAAUAUGAAGACCAAUGCAUCCAGUCCUUCUAAUAUUUGACUUUUUUGCUACUUCAAGAACGAGUAAACUGGAAACCUUGGGGUUUUUUCCCCCCUCUUAUCUGGGACUUAAUAAUUUAACAAUAGUUUCAAUAGGUUAUUUUAAAGGGAUUAAAUAACAGGAACUAAAAUGGAACCACAUUCUAUUUGAUGGAACAGGCUGGUUACAGUUAAGUGAUGCAGUGUCACCCAAAACCGGCAGAUCUGGGUUGAUCUUUAUUGCACGCAGUGACCAAACUCUAAAUCCUUACUCAGGAAAAAGCAAAGAACGUGCUGUUUGACUUUUGUGAUUUAGAGAGGCAGAGAAUAUGAUCAUAUGUUUGAAACUGGAAACAUAUUUUCGAAUAAAAAAUAUCAGGGUUCCAGCCACUCACCCCAGUGGUUGAGAGCUUUGCCCAUCUUGCACAGUGCAAGAUAAAACUGAUGAAUCUCAUCUGAGAGAUCUAUACUUAGGUAAACUGAAGGGCUGUCAUCCUGGUGCUCCUCAGAUACGUUGCACUACAACUCCCAGAAUAACCAUUCUGUUUGGGAGUUGCAAUCCAACCGCAUCUUGAGAGUACCAGAUAUGGGCAUGGCUAAUACGGAAGGAAACAAUCCAACUGGUGGCAAAAUUCAGUGAGAACUGUAAUAAGAGCUGUGUUUCAGUGAAAGGUGCAAACAUGGGCAACAGGCUGGAUUUAUUAUUCAUAGAGGAAUCUGCAGCAAAUCAGACAUGGUAUUUGGGAACAGCAUAAUUUGGCUUCACACGUCCCCAGCAAAAGUGACCCUGUCCAUAAAAGUAUUAAAGGAGAAGAAAGUGCUUCAUCAGAAUUAGCUGAUGAACAGUAAAUUAUGAAGCUAUUUUGAAAUAUCAAACGCAGAUGAUAGUAAUGUAGUUGUUCGUAUGGUCCUAACCUCCUUGUAAGUAAAGCUCAACAAAACCAAAUAUAGUUUCUUUUCUGUGAUUCAAAUAUUUCUGUUUCGAAAUAAACUUAGUUUUAUAAUGGAACAGGUUUUUUAAAAGGCAGUUAUGCUUUUUAUCUGGUCUGCGAUGGUACACGCAAGGAGCUUUCCCCACUAGUUUAGAGAGAACCUGUGGAUUUUUUCCCCAAGUGUUUAAGGUAAACUUUUGUUUUCAGAACUGCGUAAUUUAGAUUUUUUUUUUCUGCCAUACUAACUGAAUUCUAAAAUGCAGGCCUUAGGAAUGUCAAAGCCAAUACAUUUAUAGAACAUUUGUAGAAGUUAUGUGUAUGUGAUUUAAAUUAAAAAAUCAACUGUUUGAUGAGUUUAAUGGUAUCAGUGAAAUAAAAUGAGUUUUCAGAAAGGGUUAGUAAUGUUUGUAAUGUUGCAUCACUCCUAAGUCACGUUUUUAAUCUAUGCACCCAAGAAAGAAGAAACAACAUAGGCGUCCUAUAUGUGGUUUAUAGAAAAUCCUAUUAAAAAAAACAAAACCAA